GCGGCCUCCCUGGUCCCCAGCCUCCCUGCCUAUCCCCACGCGCAUCCCACCCUCACCCAUCACUUGGUUCUCAAGCUCCGCCUCCUCCCUCCCUCCUGCAGGCCCCCACCCCUGCCUCACCCUCACACGCAGCCUGAACCCCCAAGGACACCCCUCUACCAAAACCCUCCUCUUGGGCCAUGGCCACCCAGGCCCUGCCUCCUGGGCCUGGACACCAGCAUCUAACAAGGCCUGACUUCUCCCCCAAGCUCCUGGGGGGUCACCGCCAGCAUGAGCCUGGGCAUGAUGGAGGAGGAAGAUCUGGCCAAGUACUUCCGGCUGCAGUAUGGAGAGCGCCUGCUACAGCUGCUGCAGAAGUUCCCCAACAAUGAGGAGCAGUCGGAGUCCCCAUCCAUCCGGCUCCUGGAGAAGAAGAAGGAGGCCAAGAUCAUGCACCUUGCUAUGGAGCAGAAGAAGGAGACAUUUCAGCGCAGGAUGGAAACACUAAGUCUGCGCUGGGAGGAACUGGGUACCAAGGAGGCCCAGCUGAAGGCUCACAUCCAGAAGUUUGAGCAGUUCAUCCAGGAGAACGACCAGAAACGGAUCCGCGCCCUGAAGAAGGCCAACAAGGAGCGGGAACUGAAGAGGCAGCGGGUGCGAGAGCUGGCCAAGGUCAAGCAGGAGAUGGCGGCCCUGCGGCUGGUGCACCAGCAGCUGAGUGCCAGGCUGCAGGAGUACUCCAUCUUCAACAAGUACCUGGAGAAGGUGGUGGAGAACUCGGAGUUCGAGGAGAUCCACGAAGUGAUCUCCCGCUACAAGACGCUGGUGAGCAUGCACCAGGACCUCCUGCAGUCGGCGCACGAGGGUCAGGAGAAGAUCGAGCACGCCAAGGCGCGGCUGGCGCGCUACCUGGACGAGAAGGACGACGAGAUCCUGCAGCACAACAACGAGCUGGCGCGUCUGCAGAUGCGCUUUGACCGCGCCCGCAGCGACGUCAUCAUCUGGCCCGUCGCCUCCCAAGGAGUCUCGCUGGGCCCACAUCCAGAACACCGCCGCCAAGAAGACCCUCUUGCUUGGCACCAUCAAGAUGGCAACACUGAACCUGUUCCAGACGGUGAGCAAACAGCUGAAGGAGACCACGGCCGUGUCCCUGGAAGACACCCACAAACAGCUGGACCUGAUCCAGCAGUUUAUCCAGGAUCUGUCAGACAUCUGGACAGAGGUGAGGAGGAAGGAACAACAGCAAAUCCGCGUUUGAGGAGCAGCGGUGGUUCCGGAAGUUUCUGAGACAGAGACUGAGAGACAACAAGUUCCCUGGUGAGCUUGUGGCCCACCCAGUCAGCCCCGCCCAGCCCUCUGGGACCCCAAUGCCUUUUUGCCGGCGAACACCCCGCCAUUUUCCCCUUAAGGCCUCAGCCCAGCCCAUCCGUGAAAACAUUAAAUUCUAUACGAUGUUUGUUCCUAA